UCAGUUGAAGAAUGCUGUGACAAGGGUGUUGAAUGGGCAAAUAAAAACAGAAUAUGUGCUUCUCUGCCACUAAUAUCUGAGUCCAGAGAAUGCAGCAUGACUCAGGUGCAGUGCUGCCGCAACCAGCUGGAGAAGCAAUCCUGCUCCGACGGCGUCGAGUUUGCCAAUGUGCGUGAGGAGUGUGACUCACAUAGUGGUGAAAAUUCCACCUGUGAAGCUGAAUACUUCAAGACGUGUUGUUACUGUUGUUUGCUGGGAAAGGCUGCCCAAGUUCAAGGACAGAGUUGUGAACCCAACCCGAAGAUAGGAUACCAGUGUGGAAUUGUCUUCAGAUCUUGCUGUGGCAAAGGUCAAGAAGAUCUGUCCAUCAGUGAUGCUGCUCCUAAAAAAGACCAAGUUGAAAUUUCAAAGGAGGAACUAGACCAAGAAGAUCCUUAUCUGCAUGAUGGCUGCAGAGGUGGUGGUCCCUGCUCUCAGCAGUGCAGAGACACAGGAUCCAGUUAUGUCUGCUCCUGCUUUGUUGGGUAUCAGCUUCAAGCAGAUGGUAUCACCUGUGACGAUAUCAAUGAGUGUAUCACUGGGACACACAGCUGUGGGAUUGGACAAACCUGUGUCAAUACAUUGGGAUCCUUUCGCUGUCAGCGGGACACGAGCUGUGGAACUGGUUAUGAGCUAACGGAUGACAGUCGUUGCAAAGAUAUUGACGAAUGUGAGACUGGUACUCAUAACUGCCCCCCCGAUUUUAUCUGUCAGAAUACUCCAGGAUCGUUCCGCUGCCGACCCAAGCUACAGUGCAUGAGUGGGUUUAUACAAGAUGCUCUAGGCAACUGUAUUGAUAUCAACGAGUGCCUGAGCACCAACAUGCCGUGCCCAGCUGGACAGAUAUGUAUUAACACUGAUGGCUCCUUUACCUGCCAGCGAAUCUCACCCAGCUGUGGCCGAGGUUAUCAUCUCAAUGAAGAUGGAACAAGAUGUGUAGAUGUGGAUGAGUGCUCAUCCUCCAACCAGCCUUGUGGAGAAGGACAUGUUUGUAUCAAUGCCCCAGGCAAUUACCGCUGCGAGUGCAAAUCUGGCUACACUUUUGAUGUCAUCAGUAGGACAUGUAUUGAUAUCAAUGAAUGCAGACGCUACCCAGGCCGCCUUUGUGCUCACAAGUGUGAGAAUACCCCUGGUUCCUACUACUGCACUUGCACCAUGGGAUUCAAACUCUCAGCUGAUGGUAGAUCAUGUGAAGAUUUGAAUGAGUGUGAGAGCAACCCCUGUAGUCAAGAGUGUGCCAACGUGUAUGGCUCCUACCAAUGUUACUGCCGCCGCGGCUUCCAGCUGAGCGACAUAGAUGGCAUUUCAUGUGAAGAUAUUGAUGAAUGUGCUUUGCCUACUGGAGGGCAUAUCUGUUCCUUUCGAUGUAUUAAUAUUCCUGGGAGCUUCCAAUGUACUUGUCCUUCCACUGGUUACAGGUUGGCACCCAAUGCACGUAACUGCCAAGAUAUUGAUGAGUGUGUUGCAGAAAGCCACAACUGUUCUUUCAAUGAGACCUGCUUUAACAUCCAGGGUGGCUUUCGCUGCCUGUCGUUGGAGUGUCCAGAAAAUUACCGCAAGUCAGGAGAUACUGUCAGACUUGAAAAGACAGACACGAUUCGCUGCGUUAAGUCUUGUCGACCAAAUGAUGUCAACUGUGUGUUGGAUCCAGUGCACACGAUUUCCCACACUGUCAUUUCACUGCCCACGUUCAGAGAAUUUACAAGACCUGAAGAGAUCAUUUUUCUUCGUGCCAUCACACCUACAUAUCCGGCCAACCAGGCAGAUAUCAUAUUUGACAUUACAGAAGGAAAUUUAAGAGAUUCCUUUGAUAUCAUCAAGCGUUACAUGGAUGGGAUGACAGUGGGUGUCGUUCGCCAGGUGAGGCCCAUUGUUGGACCUUUCCAUGCCAUCCUGAAACUGGAGAUGAACUACGUCAUGGGUGGGGUCGUGUCGCACCGCAACAUCGUCAACGUUCACAUCUUUGUGUCUGAGUACUGGUUCUGAGAGCCUUCAGACCCCAAUGAGCAAUGCUCCAGCCUGAAGCAUUACCACAAGCUAUUAUGUCAUAUACUUGUUUGUAAAACCCAAUAGUGUUCUUUUUUUAUGUGUGUUAAUUUUUAAAUGAUUGGUUUAUAGUUUAAGACAAAUACCAAGCUAUUGUGUUGAUUAGACAUAGGGUGGAGCAAAUUGAGUGAGCCUGAUGUAGUUGUCUGUAUAAAUAAGUAGUGUGUAAAAGUGCUCAGCUGCCUAGUGAAAUUUAAAACUUUUCUAAAUGUUUAGGCAGAUCUCAACUGUUGCUCCUUGGUCAGAUAACCUGAGUGAUUGAGGCUGUGAAACGAAACAGAUGUCAGAGUUCAUUGGGAUGAGUAUACAGUAUCUUUGGAUAGAAGAAGUUGGGUAAGGAUUAAAAAUUUCAUCUCAACAUUAACUGCCUUGAAGGAGUCAGGUUGUCAGAGAGUGCUUAAUAUUUGGGGUUGGGCCCCUGUAGGAUAACUCUGAAUAGGCCUCCAGAAUUGCUAGUAACUCCUGAGAAGUUCAGCCUGGAUUUUAAGAAGUGCCAUUCAGCUGUGGCUGCCAGAGGAAGUGCAAAAGGAAUUAGAAACAGUAGGAGACUAACAAGGUAUUGCACAUAUUAAAAAUACUCCUUUUUUUUGUACUUCUUAAUUGAUAAUAAGAUUAUGUUUGAUCCUAAUUAAACAAGUACCUCUCAGUGAAAUUACUCUGUCACAAGGAUAAGGCACAUUGAUAAAAUUCCAAUCUCACCUGUACUCAGCAAUACGUGGGAAACUCAGACCUGUAUGUACUGUCUGUUAUACAGCUCCAUGUCUUUUUAAAAUUGGUAAUUAAAUUAGCAUGUUAAACUGCACAUUUCCUAUGCAUCAAACCAAGGCAUAUGUAAUAAUAUAAUGAAAAUCUCAUAAAUAAAUGAAUGUUUAAUGUAUUUUCUGGGCAUCAAAAGAAUGUUAUCUUUUCUAUUACAGGACAGAAAAGAAAUAGCUCCAUGUUUCA